GUCCCCGCUACGGCUCAAUUGUGGAUGAUGAAAGGUUGUCUGCAGAGGAGAUGGAUGAGAGGAGGCGGCAGAACAUCGCCUAUGAGUACCUGUGCCACCUGGAGGAAGCCAAGAGAUGGAUGGAAGUCUGCUUAGUUGAAGAAUUGCCGCCAACCACUGAACUGGAAGAAGGGCUCCGGAAUGGAGUCUACCUUGCCAAGUUAGCCAAGUUCUUUGCCCCGAAAAUGGUAUCAGAGAAGAAGAUCUAUGACGUGGAACAGACACGUUAUAAGAAAUCUGGCCUUCAUUUUCGACACACAGAUAACACCGUGCAGUGGUUAAGAGCUAUGGAGGCCAUCGGACUACCCAAGAUAUUUUACCCAGAAACGACAGAUGUCUACGAUCGGAAAAACAUACCAAGGAUGAUAUAUUGCAUUCACGCACUAAGUUUGUAUCUGUUUAAACUGGGGAUUGCACCCCAGAUCCAGGAUUUGCUGGGAAAAGUGGACUUCACAGAGGAGGAAAUCAGUAAUAUGAGGAAAGAACUGGAGAAGUAUGGGAUACAGAUGCCAGCUUUCAGCAAAAUAGGUGGCAUUUUGGCCAACGAACUGUCUGUGGAUGAAGCUGCAUUACAUGCUGCCGUCAUAGCCAUUAAUGAGGCUAUUGAAAAAGGAGUGGCCGAGCAGACCAUUAUAACACUAAGAAACCCAAAUGCGGUUUUAACUUUCGUGGAUGACAACCUCUCACAGGAGUACCAGAAGGAACUCUGGGAAGCCAAAAAGAAAAAAGAGGAAAAUGCAAAAGUGAAGAACAGCUGUAUUUCAGAAGAAGAGAGAGAUGCGUAUGAGGAGCUGCUGACCCAGGCAGAGAUCCAGAGCAACAUCAAUACAGUCAAUAGGCUGGCUGCCGUGGACCACAUCAAUGCUGUCCUUCGGGAAGGUGACCCUGAGAACACACUGCUCGCACUGAAGAAACCGGAGGCCCAGCUGCCAGCUGUGUAUCCCUUUGCUGCUGUUAUGUACCAGAACGAACUCUUCAACCUCCAGAAACAGAACACCUCGAACUACCUGGCCCACGAGGAGCUCCUGAUCGCGGUGGAAAUGUUGUCUGCUGUUGCUUUGCUAAACCAGGCCUUGGACAACAGUGACCUUGUGUCUGUGCAGAACCAACUCAGAAGCCCCACCAUAGGCUUCAACAAUCUGGACGAGGCACAUGUGGACCGUUAUGCAGAUGCACUACUCUCCCUUAAAAAAGAAGCACUGUCUCAAGGGCAAGAUACCUUAAGCUGGAAUGAAAUUCAGAAUUGUAUUGAUAUGAUUAAUGUCCAGAUUCAAGAGGAAAAUGACCGAAUGGUGGCUCUCGGGUACAUCAAUGAAGCCAUCGAUGAAGGGAACCCUCUGAAGACUUUAGACACUUUGCUGCUACCCACCGCUAAUAUCCGAGAUGUGUACCCAGACUGUGCCCAGCACUACCAGGAUGUUUUGUUCCACACAAAAUCCCAGAAGCUCCUGGAUCCUGAGAGUGUGUCUAAAGUUCUCUGGCUGGAUGAGAUACAGCAAGCCAUCGAUGCGGCCAACAUGGACGAGAACAGAGCAAAGCAAUGGGUUUCACUGGUCGUUGACGUCAAUGAGUGUUUGGAUAGAAAGCAGUCGGAACAUAUCCUGUCCGUACUGAGGUCUUCUUCUAGUAAUAUCCAUAACAUAAUCCCAGAAUGUGCCAACAAGUACUACGAUACCCUCGUGAAGAUGAAAGAGUCCAAGACUGACAACGUGUCUGGUGAAGGUUCAUGGGUCAAACUCAACCUGCAACAGAAAUACAACUACUAUUACAACACAGAUUCCAAAGAAGGCUCUUGGGUCUCACCUGAAUCAUGUUUGCCUAAAGAAUCAUGGCUCACAGGAGAAGAAAUUGAGGACAUCAUUGAGGAAGUCACAUCCAAUUACAUCCGUGAGAACAUAUGGUCUGCUCCAGAAGAAUUACUUCUCCGCUUUGAAGCCACGAGCUCAGGACCCCUCCUUAGGGAAGAGUUUGAAGCUAGGAAAUCAUUCUUGUAUGACCAAGUAGACAGUGUGGUCAAAAUACAGGCUUUCUGGAAGGGGUGUAAACAACGACAAGAAUAUCUGAACAGACAACAAGUGUUUGCUGGUAACGUUGAUUCCAUUGUGAAGAUUCAGUCCUGGUUCCGAAUGGCGACCAUGAGGAAGAAUUAUCUUUCACGACUGCAGUAUUUCGAAGAUCAUAAAAAUGAAAUUGUGAAAAUCCAAUCCUUGUUGCGGGCAAACAAAGCCAGAGAUGACUACAAAGCGCUGGUUGGCUCUGAAAACCCACCUUUAAUGGUAAUCCGAAAGUUCGUGUACCUGUUGGACCAAAGCGACUUGGAUUUCCAGGAGGAGCUGGAGGUAGCAAGGCUACGGGAAGAAGUGGUGACUAAAAUCAGGGCCAAUCAGCAGCUGGAGAAAGACCUGAACUUGAUGGACAUCAAGAUUGGACUGCUGGUGAAGAACAGGAUCACGCUGGAGGAUGUAAUCUCACACAGAAAAAAGCUAAAUAAGAAAAAAGGCGGAGAAAUGGAGAUACUGAAUAACACUGACAACCAGGGGAUUAAAAGCUUGAGUAAGGAGAGAAGGAAAACACUGGAGACCUACCAGCAACUGUUCUACCUUCUCCAGACCAACCCUUUAUACCUGGCUAAGCUGAUUUUCCAGAUGCCACAGAACAAGUCAACUAAAUUCAUGGACACUGUUAUUUUCACACUGUACAAUUACGCCUCUAAUCAGAGGGAAGAGUACCUGCUGCUCAAGCUUUUCAAAACCGCUCUGGAGGAAGAAAUCAAGUCAAAGGUGGACCAGGUCCAGGACAUAGUGACGGGCAACCCUACAGUCAUCAAGAUGGUCGUCAGCUUCAACAGAGGGGCCCGGGGACAGAACACCCUGCGCCAGCUCCUGGCUCCGGUGGUAAAAGAGAUCAUUGAGGACAAGGCCCUGAUCAUCAACACCAACCCCGUGGAAGUGUACAAGGCUUGGGUGAACCAACUGGAGACACAGACUGGAGAGGCCAGCAAGUUGCCUUAUGAUGUGACCACAGAGCAAGCCCUGACGUACCCGGAGGUGAGGAAUAAACUGGAGGCCUCUAUUGAAAACCUGAGGAAGGUCACCGACAAAGUCCUGGGUUCGAUCAUUUCUUCCCUCGAUCUGCUGCCUUAUGGAUUGAGGUAUAUAGCCAAAGUGCUGAAGAACUCCAUCCGUGAGAAAUUCCCCGAUGCCACGGAAGAAGAGCUGUUGAAGAUUGUUGGAAACCUCCUCUACUACCGAUACAUGAACCCAGCCAUCGUGGCUCCAGAUGGCUUUGACAUCAUCGACAUGACAGCCGGAGGUCAGAUCAAUUCCGACCAGAGGAGAAACCUGGGCUCUGUGGCAAAGGUUCUUCAGCACGCAGCCUCCAACAAGCUGUUUGAGGGCGAGAACGAGCAUCUGUCAUCCAUGAACAAUUAUUUAUCAGAAACCUAUCAGGAAUUCAGGAAGUAUUUCCAAGAAGCAUGUGAUGUCCAUGAGCCAGAGGAGAAGUUUAAUAUGGACAAAUACACAGACUUGGUGACCGUCAGCAAGCCAGUCAUUUAUAUUUCAAUUGAAGAAAUCAUCAAUACACACUUACUCCUGCUGGAACAUCAGGAUGCCAUUGUGACCGAAAAAAGUGACCUGCUGAAUGAGCUGCUGGAGUCGCUGGGGGAGGUGCCCACAGUGGAGUCCUUUCUCGGGGAAGGAGCAGUCGACCCCAAUGACCCUAACAAGGAAAACACACUCAAUCAGCUCUCCAAGACGGAGAUUUCCCUUUCCCUGACAAGCAAGUAUGACAUCAAGGACGGAGAGGCUGUCGAUGGCAGAAGCCUCAUGAUAAAGACCAAAAAGCUGAUCAUCGACGUGACCCGGAACCAGCCAGGGAGCACACUGAUUGAAAUCUUAGAGACCCCAGCAACGGAGCAGCAGGAACUGGAGCAUGCCAAAGACAUGGAGAGCCGUGCCAUUGUAGACUCCAGGACUCCAGAAGAAGGGAAGCAGGGCCAAGCCAUGAUGGAAGAUGCAUGCCUGCCUCUUGAGCAAAAGAAGAGGAAGAUCCAGAGGAAUCUCCGGACAUUGGAGCAGACUGGACAUGUGUCAUCCAAAAAUAAAUACCAAGACAUUCUCAACGAGAUCGCCAAGGAUAUUCGAAAUCAAAGAAUCCACCGCAAGCUUCGAAAAGCUGAACUGUCAAAACUUCAGCAGACCCUGAACGCACUUAAUAAGAAGGCAGCGUUUUAUGAAGAUCAAAUUAAUUAUUACGACACCUACAUAAAGACUUGUGUCGACAACCUGAAAAGAAAAAAUUCUCGGAGAUCGAUUAAACUGGAUGGAAAAGCCGAACCCAAGGGGACGAAGAGGGUGAAGCCAGUGAGGUACACAGCAGCAAAGCUCCAUGACAAAGGUGUCCUGUUGGGCAUAGACGACCUUCAGACCAACCAGUUUAAGAACGUUACAUUCGACAUCAUAGCUACUGAGGACGUGGGCAUCUUCGACGUCAGAUCCAAGUUCCUUGGCGUUGAGAUGGAAAAGGUGCAGCUCAAUAUUCAGGACUUACUUCAGAUGCAGUAUGAAGGGGUGGCUGUGAUGAAGAUGUUUGAUAAGGUGAAGGUGAACGUGAACCUUCUCAUAUACCUGCUCAACAAAAAGUUCUACGGAAAGUGAGCUGCCUGUGGGGAGCUCAUGGAUUCUCUAUCGCCUGCAUCGAGAAAUGAGUUCGUCUAGUAUUUUUGUUUCAAAACAUGAUUGAAAUCACUGCUUAUAAAAUGUGUGAUUUUUUUUUUUUUUUAAAGACCAAAACUGUUCUGAAGAAUGUAGCCACGUGCCUUUUUGAUAAUUGGAUUCUACAGCAGAGGGAGAGACAAGGUGGGCAGAUGAGACACACACACUGUACUGUGGCUGGCACAGGUACUCCAGCUGAAAGUUCUCAACACCCUGUGAUUGGUUUCAAAGUAGGGGGAGAAAGUUUAGCUGACUAGGGACAAAUGUAUAAACCUAUUUUCCUAUGAAAAAAAAUUUUAAAUGUCCCACUUAAAUGAUGUAAUUCUUCAUAGAUUGUUUUUAUUAUCUAUGGAGAAGUAGAGAUCUAAUUAAUUUGUAAUGAAUUAUUUAGACAUAUAGCUCUAAGCCCUGUCUUCUGGGAAUUAUCAGUUUUAAAGAGAGCUUUUUGUGCAAUUCAAAAUGAAGUUUUUUUUAUAAGUAAUUGAAAGUGAUGAUCCAAUAACACUUUCUGUAUAAAAGUAUAUAUUUUAUGUGAUUUAUUCAAUUACUGAAAGUGCACUACUUCCUCAUGGGAAGGCUCCCGGAUGAGGAGUCACAUGGACCACCGUGGAUAGCAGUUAUAGACCCCUACCUUCACCCCUCACAAUUUAUUUGAAUACUUCAAUUGUGCCUCUCAAAUUUUUUUGUAAUGCUAUAAAAUCAGUAUCUAGAUGGUUUUUAAAUGUAUUCUUUGAAAAUUGUUUUAUGUAAAAUAAAUGUUACUUAAUUACA